GGUUCCUCUUUCUCUUUCUUUGCUCCCUUCUCUCAGAAAAAGAAAUAAAUUCUAUAUAUCCAUGUCUUCAACGACCAGUUCUAGUUACCAAUUUCCCUCUAUUCAUGAUUUUCCUCCCUUUUACACUCGACAACCUACAGAAACGACUUGGCAGAAUCAAGCUCUUCAAUGGUCAGAUCUUAUACUCAAAUAUGCUCGACAUUAUCGGAUAUUCACUUUGAAUCUUAAUCAAGCAACAACUCCUGGUGCUUCCCCAUUAUUCGAAAACACUCGUAUCAAACGUCGUUUAUCGCUCGAAACUCUGCAAGAAGUUAUAGAGUUCAUGGUUCAACAAGGUACGGCAAAAUGGGGGGACAAUAAAACAGAAGCAUUACUUUUCUGGCGUAAACCUGAUGAUUGGGCAGACUUGAUAGCACAAUGGGUGAUACAAAGUGGACUCAAUAACAAUAUUGUUACAACAUACGAAAUAGCUCACGGUGAAUUAGCAGAAGGACAAGAAUUCUAUGAGAUAGAUCACAACGUUUUGUUACUUGCGAUUCAAGUAUUGGUUAAACGCGGUGUGGCACAGUUAUUCAAAGGAACUGAUAAUGAAAAUAUGGGUGUCAAAUUUUUUGGAAUCAAAUGAAAAAAUAGAAUAGUAUAGAUUAUGCUUGUAUUAUAGGAUUUUUUUUUAUUGAACAAUAAUAAAAAAAGU